AUGCACUUCCCCUGGCUGCUGAUCUACCUGGGUGGGUGCGCUUUAAUGAAGCGGACCUUAGCGGAACCAGGCGACGGGAUGCGCACCUGGGACAGGUUCAGUAAGCUGCCCUAUCCUGAGGACAAAGCCUUCCUGUAUGACACCUUCCCCAAGGGCUUCAUGUGGGCAGUGGGCACGGCUGCGUACCAGGUGGAGGGAGCGUGGCAGAAGGACGGGAAAGGAAAGUCGGUCUGGGACACGUUUACCCGCGCCGGGAGCCGGGUGGUGACGGGCGACGUGGGCAGCGACAGUUACCACAACCAGGCCGGAGACCUGCGCGCCCUGCAGCAGCUCGGCGUGUCUCACUACCGCUUCUCUCUGUCCUGGUCGCGCAUCUUCCCCAACGGCACCAGGAGCAGCCGCAAUGCCAAGGGUGUGGAAUAUUACACCAGCCUGAUCCGCGGCCUGAAGAGGAUGGGAGUGGAGCCGGUUGUGACCCUGUACCACUGGGAUUUACCGGACAGUCUGCAGAGCGCGUAUGGAGGCUGGAGUAAUCCACUACUGGUGGAUCUGUUCAGAGAUUACGCUGAUUUCUGUUUCAGCACCUUCGGAUCACAUGUGAAGAUCUGGAUCACCAUGGAUAACCCGUUUGUCGUCGCCUGGCACGGAUACGGGACCGGAGUGGUGGCACCAGGCAUCAAAAAUCACCCGGAUCUGCCCUUUAAAGUCGGGCACAAUCUUAUAAAGGCUCAUGCUGCAGCGUGGCACGUGUAUAACGAGCACUACCGCGCUCACCAGGGUGGAAAAGUUUCCAUAGCUCUGGCCUCACACUGGAUCAAACCCAGCAGGACGAGGCUGGAGAGCCGGCAGGCCUGUCAGUGCUCGCUGGACUUCGUGAUGGGCUGGUUCGCCCGGCCUCUCUUCGUGGACGGGGAUUACCCACCCUGCAUGAGGCGCAACCUCACCCGCAGGUUACCGUCGUUCAGCCAGGCCGAGCGGGCCUACGUUAACGGCACGGCUGACUUCUUCGCUCUGUCUCACGGACCCUCGCUCAGCUUCCAGCUGAUCAACGACAGUCUGCGCUUCGGACAGAUGGAAGAUCUGGAUCUGCGGAUGCUGCUCUACUGGGUGCAUUUAGAGUACAACAACCCGCCCAUCUUCGUGGUGGAGAGCGGCUGGUUUGUCAGUGGUGGCACCAAGACGAAGGAUGCCAAGCACAUGUACUACCUCAAACGCUUCAUCAUGGAGACCCUGAAGGCUAUCCGUCUGGAUAAAGUAAACGUGCUGGGAUACACCGCCUGGUCGCUGCUGGACGGCUUCGAGUGGUACCGGGAGUACGGAAUCAGACGCGGCCUUUACUACGUGGACUUCAAAUCCGAUCACCUGACGAGAGAACCAAAGACCUCGGCCAUGUUCUACCGUAAAUUAAUCGAGAAGAACGGAUUCCCUCAGCUCCCAGAGAACCGGCCGGCGGUCGGGGUCUUUCCUUGUGACUUCGCCUGGGGUGUGGCUGCGAACUCCAUACAGGUUCAGACGACGCCCACGCAGUUUGUCGACACGAGCGUUUACAUCUGGAACGUUUCCGACAGCGGGAGGCUUCAAAAACUGGAGGGUGUGAAAAUCUUGCAAAGAAAGCGCCACUGUGCCGACUACGCUGCCAUCUCGCAGCAGGUAUCAGAAAUCCAGCGCGUACACGUCACCCACUUCCACUUCUCCCUCAACUGGUCGUCUAUAACCCCCACAGGCAACGUAUCGGAGGCUAACGAAACCCUCCUGAGCUAUUACGGCUGCUUCGUUAGUGAGCUCCGGAGGGCCAACGUUACCCCGGUCGUCACUCUCUGGCACCACACCGGAAAACUCUCCAGCCUGCCUGCGCCCAUGGAGGCUAAAGGAGGCUGGCAGAGCGAGGACACGGUGAGGGCGUUCGUCGAUUACGCCAGGCUCUGUUUCCGAAAGCUCGGGGCGCACGUCAAGCUGUGGAUCACGCUGAACGAGCCCAACGAGGAAGACCUCGGGUACGCGGUGGGCCAUCAGUUGCUGCGUGCCCACUCUCUAGCCUGGCGCGCGUACGACGCCGAGUUCCGGCGCUCUCAGGACGGUAAAGCCUCCCUGGCGCUGCACAUGGACUGGGUCGAGCCGGCGUUCUCGUUCAACCGAGAGGACGUGGCUCCUGCGAAGCGAGUCCUGGACCUCCGCGUGGGUUGGUUCGCCGAGCCCGUCUUCGGUAGCGGCGACUACCCGCCGGUGAUGCGCCAGUGGCUUCAACAGAGGAAUCCUCUCGACCUGUUCAACUACCACCUACCCACAUUUACUGAAGAGGACCGGAAGCUGGUCCGAGGCACCUACGACUUCUUCGCCCUCAGUCACUUCACGACCUCCAUGGUCUACGAUGAAGUCGAGGAUUCGUACCUAUUCAAGAACAGUUUGGAAGUGCAGAUGAUUUCGGAUGUUACCUGGAUAAUGUCGCCCAGGCGGAACUCCCCCGUGGUUCCUUGGGGGCUACGCAAGGCCCUGAAGUGGAUCGACUCGCAUUAUAAGGGUGUUCCGAUUUACAUCAUGGCCAACGGAGUUCAGGAAGACACGGCCAGAUUCAAAGACAGUCUGCGGGUUUAUUAUCUCUACAACUACAUCAAUGAAGCCUUAAAAGCGUACACUCUGGAUGGGGUCAAUUUGCGAGGCUACUUCGCCUACGCGUUUAACGACCGGCACGACCCCGGGUUCGGCCUGUACAGCCACGUGCAGGAGGAGACCAUCGAGAAGUCCUCGCUGACCCACUACAGAAACAUUAUCGACCACAACGGGUUCCCUGACCACGGCGGCCCUCCAGAGAGCUGUCCCCGCACCCCGGAACGUUCUGCGAUCUACUACGUUCUGGCUAAACGCCCCGUCGUGAGCUUUAUAUCUUUCGUUGGCUUUGCCUUGUUUAUUACUACAGGUCUUAUUAUAUACGACUGCACCAAGAGACCCAAAUGAUGGUUGAACCUGCAGAAUGAGUAGGGGAUGGGUUAUAUAAGCUUUUGUGCCUUUAUAUAGAACAUAACACAUCUAAGUUUUACAACCCGGACUCGGUCUACAUUCCAAAACCAUUUACAUGUAGAUUUUACACUGUGUGUGUGAGGAUUUGUGCCUAAGUUGUGUAAUAGGAUUGAGGAUCAGUGUUUUGUGCAGACCGGGUCAUAAAUGAUGCACAAAAUCAGUCAUGCUGGAUUUAUUUUCAUUGUUUUUACCACUGCUUCAUCAUGGUCAGGGUCCUGGUGGCUGAAGUGUCCCUGAAACACUGGACACAAGGCAGAAACAUUAUAUAUAUAUAAAGUGUAUAGCAUGUCUCAUAUCAUUGAUUUUAUGCUGAACUGCCUCAACUCAAUAAUUCACAGGGGUGUCCAAUAUUUUUGACCAUAAGGUGUGAACGUCUGUUUUAUUCACCUUCUCUUACCAACACUUAUUGGUGUUUACAAGGUCAUGUGCUAAUUAGUUGGAUUGGUAUCCUGUCCAGGGUAUUCCUGCCUUGCGUCUAGUAUUUCCCGGUAGAACCAGGCCCACCACGACCCUGACCAGGUUGAUAAAGUGCUUACAUUUUUUAAAUAAAAAGCUUACGUCUUGUAUGAUUGUUAGAAGAGUUUUAGAUUUGUUAGGCAAGGAAAAAAAGGCACUUAAUUUGUGUUCACAGUCCAAGAAUAUAGUGAAUACUAAUAAUAAUAAUAUAAAUAAUAAUAAAGUUUACUGUUCUAGUGUUGUAUUGAAAA